AUGCCGCUAGGACUCAAGGCCACAAUCACUUAUGCGGUAGUUGAUCGCGAUCGACUUGCCAAACAGCAGAUCGCGCGUAGCGAAGAAAGCGAAGCAGGCUCGACUUCGAGCUUCGUUAAUACGUCCAACUCGUCCACCACACCGUUGGAUCACCAACACUACCUGCUCGAGGAGAUAGCAGCAACUGCUUUCAAACCACUCGCUUCUUUCAUCAGAAUAGGGCAAAACAAGCUCAUUCCCAAAACAGAGAAUCUAGUGAAGGUGUUGGAGCAUCUGGGUGGGCCGCAGAAGGAUCUCAUUGCUGCGUUGUCGGAGUUGAAUGGCAUCAGAACACAU